AUGGAGGACUUACGCAUCAUAAAUUAUUUCAAAGUGAAGCAUAGAUCGUGCAAAGUUUCUUCUCCAAUUGAGGUAAGGUGGUGUCCUCCUAACCAAGAUGAAAUCAUGAUUUGCUGUGAUGGUGCGUCCCUUGGGAAUCCAGGCCCGGCUGGUGCUGGCGUUACAUUUCGUGAUGCAAACGCAGCUAUUUUGGGAGUCCUCUGCGUUGGACUGGGAUUGCAGACAAACUUUUAUGCGGAAGUGUUCGCAGUUAUAUAUGGUGCUAUGUUGGCUAGAAGGUGGAACUUUAGGAAUAUCUGCGUACAAUCUGAUUCGAUGAGUUGCAUUCGAGCUUUUCAAAAUGAGGGUUUACCUUGGCAAUUAAGUCAGAAGUGGAGAUUGGCGAGGAAUUUCUACUCCAAUAUUCACUAA